GGGGCCCAUCCUGAGCCAGGGGAGAGGCCGCCCGAGGGACGGCGGGUGAUGGCCCGAGGUGCGCGAGAGGUCGGGGUCAGGCUGGCGAGGAGGUCGCCCCGGGGAACCGGCCUCUGUGGGGACAGGGAGAGGACGGCGACAGCAGCUCCUCCCCGCCCGGCAGCCCUGGCGCCCGCCCUGGCCUCCCCCUGCGGCUGCAAUGCUGGUGGCCAGCGGGGAGCCCCUGCUCCGCCUCGCCCUCGCCCUCCUCCUGCUCCUGGGCGCCCCCGGCCCUGAGGGGGCCAGUUCUCUUCAGAGGAGGUUUGAGUAUAAGCUCAGCUUCAAAGGACCAAGGCUGGCGGCGCCCGGGGCUGCAAUACCCUUCUGGAGUCAUCACGGAGGUGCUGUACUGGGUCCGGAAGAAGUGCGCCUGGCCCCGUCCACGCAGAGCCUCAGUGGUGCCGUGUGGAGCAGGGCUCCCGUCCUCUUCUCGGCCUGGGAGGUGGAGGUGCAGAUGAGGGUGACGGGGCCGGGGCGCCUAGGAGCCCAGGGCAUGGCCGUGUGGUACACCCGGGACAAGGGCCAGGUGGGCUUGGCCCCGGGGGGGCCGACCUCGUGGGACGGCAUCGGGAUCCUCUUCGACUCCUCGGCCGAGGACACCCAGCAGAGCCCUGUCAUCCGCGUGCUGGCCAGUGAUGGGCACACUCGCCUCGAGUCGCACGGGGACGGAGCCGGCGGCGAGCUGGGCUCCUGCCGCUGGGACUUCCGCAACCUGCCACGACCCUUCACGGCACGGAUCACGUACUGGGGGCACAGGCUGCGUGUGUCCCUGAGCAGUGGCCUCACACCCAGUGACCUAGAUGAGGUUUGUGUUGACACCGGGCCCCUGCUUUUGGCUCCUGGAGGUUUCUUUGGGGUCUCGGCAGCCACCAGCACCCUGGCAGAUGACCAUGACAUCCUGUCCUUCCUGACCUUCAGUCUGAGUGAGCCGGGUCCUAAGCCUCCCCGCCAGCCCCUUCUGGAGAUGGAGGAGCGCCGGCUGGCAAGGCAGCUGGAAGGGCUUCGGGCGAGGCUGGCCCUUGGCACCAGGGAGGACGCGAUGCCAAAGCUGAGCUCCAAAGUCCAGGAAGAGGGGGAGCGACGCUUUGGCCUGGAGGAGACGCUGGGCAGAUAUCGCCAGAUCCUGCAGGCCCUCCAGGGUCUAUCCAAACGGUUGGCCCAGGCUGAGAGGCAAUGGAAGAUGCAGCUGGGGUCCCUGGGCCAUGCCAGGCCUGUCGGAGCCUGGGACUCUGCCAAGGUCUGCGCCCUGCUCCACAGACAGAGGACUCUGCUCCAGGACCUGCAAGAGAUAAGGGAUGCAGCUGCCCGCGUGGCCUCAAGAGCCCAGCUCUUCUAUCUGCCCGUGGGCACCAAGCAUCAUUUCUUAGAGCUGGCCCAGAUCCUGAGCCUCCUGCAGAAGGACGUUCAAGGCCCACUGGACUGCUGGCAAGCACAUCUGUGUUGGGGUCUGUCUGUGUCUGUGAUGGAGAUCUUACCUUCUCUCUGCCCUCUCUGCUCUCUGGAGGGUUCCAGAGACUCUCGAUGCCAGCAGAACCCUGGAGACCAUUUGGUCCAACCCCCUCAGUGACCAGAAGCGAAAUGGGAGUGCUCAGAGCUUGGUGGUGAAGCCCUCUCUUCCUGGUGCCCCUGCCCUGUCUUGCUUUUACAUUUGCCCUCACCGUCUGUCUUUCGCUCUCUACUUCUUUCUCAUCUCUAGAGCCUUUCAGAGCCCCGAUGAUCCCAGGCCCUAGGCCUUCCCAGCUGUUCCCACAGAUGGGCCAUGGGAACUUGGGUGGGGGAAGCUGCUUUGUACCCUGACCCUCUCCAAAUUCUCUGGAGAUGACAGCCAGGGUGUCCCAUGCCUGGGAAAGGAAGUAGAGCCCACACAGAUGGCCCAGAUUUCAGGUCCCCUCUUUCCUUUUGGGUAAGAAGCUGAUACAGGACUU